CGUAACAAGGAGUACUCAGUUGGCAUGCGCAGUCGUUGGCCAAUCAGAGAGAAGAGUUUGACGCGUAUAUAUUAGGCGUACAAGCGUACGUAUGUACUCGAACGACAGUCAGUGUGGUUAGAAGUAACGAACGAGCAGGGAGCGCGAUACACGUCAGGGCUCUUAUUUUGAUUCGUGGAGGGGGCUCACCUCAAGAAAAACGGGCGGCCGAGUCCGAAGGAUUUGUUAGGGAAAAGGUGAAGGAUACGACGAUAAAAUAUGAUACAUGCUGGAAAUGGGGAUGUUGUGUAUUUGAAACAGCGAGGAAAUCCGAUGGAGAGUGACACGACAGAGAAGGCAGUGUCAAAAAAGUGCGAGGGGCAGCUGUCUUCGAUAAAGGCAAACAGCUGUUCGUCCUACAAAGGUGCAAAUCGUACGAUAGAAAUGGCAUACGAGGACAAUAAUCUGAACUGGAAUAAUCUUCCCAGCAUCAUUCUGCAGGAAAUAUUCUCAUAUUUGCCGUACAACUGCCGGUUACAAGCCUCCCAGGUUUGCAAAAACUGGAGAUACGCUCUGUUUCAUCCUCAUUUUUGGAAAAAGAUCACAUUCGUCCUAAAAGAUGAAGACACUAUAACGUGGACUAGAUGUUUGGCAAGCAAUUUUGAACUUAGCGUGCAAGAAGUUACAAUCAUCUGUGAUAUAUCAAAUUACUGUGCGAAAGAGACGUUAGCCCUCUUGAAAAAGCUAAGCUGCAACAGGCAACUUCGUAAAUUGUUUUUGGUACCUAGCAAUAGUACAUUCGACUGUGAGGAUAGCACAAAAUGGAUGUUGGUUAAUUUUCUCAUAGACAUUAUAAAAAAAUCUGAUCAUUUAGAAGCUUUGAGUUUAGGAUGUAUAGAAGAUUUAACAGCGAACGCUGAGCAAAUUCUUGUACAGCUUCGUAACUGCCAAGCAAAGCACCUAACAACUCUUAGUUUGGCAUCCGUCAAGGAUGAUCCUGCUGAUUAUAACGUUUUGAAUGCUGGUUAUGGACACAUGUUUAAUUCAUUUACCAAACUAUGUAUUUUAACGUUGGAUUAUGAGUUCUUGAGCAAUUCUUUGCUAAGGGCGUUGAACAGCGGUACCAUGGAAAGGCUUGUAAUUCAUUUGCAUGACUGGAAUUAUCAAUAUUCGGGAGCAACUGAUGGUAGUUGGCAGAUAUUUGUUCAAAAGAAUCCAAAAUGCGAGUUGCGACUAACUCUUAUACACUCUUACGUUGGUAUUGAGAAUUUAGAUACAAAUAUACUUCGCUCUGCCAUGCCUCUUACACAUUUAAAAGUGUUAUUUUGUGAAAACGUUAAUAUCAGAGCAUUACAUCGGCUAUCCAGGUGGUAUUCGCUUACUUUAAAAUCUUUAAUAUGGAUCGACUCGAUACAACCUUUAACGAGGAACAUACCAGCAACGUACGAUCCAGAUGAUCCUCAUAGCCCUGAUCCAUUAGUAUUAGUUGCAUGGAAGUGCACCAAACUUGUGGAACUUGUAUUCAUAGGCCACAAUUACCAUCAAGAAAAUUUAUUAGCUAUUGCACGCCUACGCGGAGACUCGCUUAAAUCGCUAGUAUUUGCACAAAGAUUCAUUGCCUCUGAUACUGAAUCUUGGCAUAAGGCUGAAACUAUCACACAUGAAAUAAAAGAAAUAAUGGGAAACCAAUGGGAACCAGUAAGUGAUGAAGAUUUACCUGCAGUUGUUAAAAAUCCUUUCGAAGGUGAUAGCAGGGAAGUUAUCAUGCCAUUGGUCCUUCGUGACCAAAAAUAAAUUUUUAUUUGUACCAACGAAACAUUACUUCCCAAUACCGUACAUUACCGAUCAACGUACAUCGUCAACAAUUUCUGCGAGCUACAUUCUCAGAAGUAAAGUUAUAUUGUUAUUUUUCUAUAAGAAUUGUUUUUACGACAACUACGAAACAGUGGACAUGUGUAAAGUCGUAGUUUAAAGUCAGUAACUGAUGGAUACAAUGUUGCCUACCAGGUAAGAAUCACACAGUUCCAAUGUGUAAACAGCGAGGGUAAAAGCGCACACAAGUUCUCCUUUGCAAUGAUUUUAUUAAUUUUCACGAGAACAUGAUAAGCCAUAGUUGAAUACGUCUUGUUUAUGUCUUGUGUAAGAAGGUAUCUAAAUUUAGUACAAGUCAUCCUCUAUCUUUGUUUAUCAAAAUGAAGAUCGAAAGUUUCCGUUGGUUUUUCCUAUGAGAAACCUUUCGUGAUGUAGUCGCGUUUUCUUGCUAACAGUGGUGGUCUCAAAACGAUCAAAAUAAGAGAGAUAUAUGUAAUAAUGAAAUGAUCGUUCCUCUCAUCGAUGAACAUUAGUGGAGAGAAAGAGUAUACAUAUGUAACAUACGAGUAUAACGAUAUUCUUAUUAGAUACUAAGAACGAAGCACUUACAAGAUGAUGAAGGUUUCAUCAAUGCAGACCCCCGAUGUGAUGUUAUCACGGGAAAAUAAUCUCGAAUGUGUGAAGGUGAAUAUGUACUAUCAGUGUUACUACCAAUGAGAGGCGAUUAUUAUAUGAAACAAAAGCGAAAUGGGGAAAAUUGAGACUAAAUGAGAGAGAGAAAGAGAACUAAUCUCACGUUCCACUGGAAAGCAUAACGAAAUUCCAAAUGUAUGUAAGUAGAAACAUGUUAACAAAUAUUUUUCCAAUUCUAUGGGAAAUUUAAAUCGAAGCGAGCGCCAAGAGCAUGCAGUGUAAGAAAGAGCAACUAAAUGAAAAGAAUGAAAUAUAUUGAACUUCGUAAAAAGAGAGUUUGUGAUCGAGUUGCACAGAUAAUACAAAAGAUGCACUCUGAUAAAUAAGAAAUCGAAUAGCGAUCCGAGGUUAUUUUUAAUACCAAAACCAAUCGGACGCUCUUGUACAAAUAUUAAGUGAACGUGUGCCGAAAAGAGUGCGGUUGAUCUGCUGGUACAUACAGUUUAAAACACACGUCAAACACACAAACGUAUGCGUGUCAGAUUAAAGAGGAGAGUAAAGGAGAGAAAGAGAAUAUCAAUAAUGCUUAAUGGAAAAACUGUGCGACCUCGAAGUACCGUCUUUUCACCGUGCUCUUAGCGACCGCUGAAAAUGAACACAAUGAUAUAAUAAUAGGUUUAUCUAUAAAAACAAAUCAGAGAAAGUAGCUGCUAAUCGUGUAUGUGUAUAUGUAUGUAUAUCUGUAUUAUCUAUCGAAUUUUAAACGUUAAUAUUCGGAUGCCGCAUGCAUCUAUUUCUGUCGUGCGAUUAAUAAUGACGACUUUGAAGGUUAAACGAAAAUAUGAAAAUGAAAGGGAACGAUCCGUAACACAAAGAAAAAUACCAAAACAGCACUCUUAUACAGUUUAUUAUUCUGAGAGGUUAUUUACUUUUUUUCGAGUCCUUGUGUAAUUAUUACAUCGUCGUGUAUCGUAUUUGUAGUCACAUGUACCAUUGUUUUUUCUUUUAUAUGUGGUUCUGUACAUAUACAUCCAUGCGUUAAAAGAAAUAUUGGACACGCGCAAGAAUCGCGAAGUUGCGCCCGAAUUUAAUGCGCAGGAAAAAAGAGAAGAAAAAAAGAAGAAUGAGACGAUGAGAAAAGCAAUAUAUAGCGAUUUAUAUCAGAGAAGGAAGAACGAACGAUGAAUCGAUUCAGAGCUAGGCACAAAUAACGAGGAAAACUAUUUCUUUAAACGAUUUAAAACUGUUAUACAAAAUGAACGGGCCUUAACCCUCGUAUUCGUGAACGGCGAUAGCUAGAUCAAUUCUGAUCCAAAUGGUUUUGUUUUAUUUGUUGUUAUUUUUCCAAAUCCCCCUAUUUUCAUUCUCGAGUUUUGUGAGAAAAACUGAAGGUAUAUUACGGUGGAUACAACAAUUACAAUAUAUCUAUAACAAAUUAUAAUUGAGAAAGCAACUUGCAACAUUAAUCGUUAUAAAUUACAGCAUUAUAUUGCAUUAUAUUGCAAAGCAAUAUCAAAUAAGCGUGUAUCCAUCUGUUUUUUUUUUUCAUGGUUGCAAAUAUUCGACUUUUGGAUUAGAAAUGAUCCAGCUAACUGCCACAGGGAGGGUUAACAUGUAUUAUAUGUACCUGAGUCGCGGUGAGGACAAAUUUUGCCGAAAGAUUUCGACACGCGACAACUACCAUUAAAAGAAACUACCCGUAAUCACCUUAAUGGACAUUUUUCGGCGAUUCGCGAUGAAACACCUAUCUGUUUCCCGCCAAGAAAUGACUGGCCAGUUAAGGUAUACUCAUGCCCUUUCAUUUCGUAUUCCGCGCGCGUGUAUUUUUUGAGGUUAGCAAAUUCUUACAAAACGGAACCAACAGUUAUUCGUUAAACUAUAUACAUAUAUUUAAAAAAGAAAAAAAAAAGUCCGCGAACUAUUGUCAUUCGCUGACCACUGACGCUGUGCGCAGAUGUUAUUUACUAAGUCUUUUUUUCUCUUUUCUUUUUUUUUUAAUUUCUUCUCUAUAUAAUAUAUAUAUAUUUUUUGUCGGUUUUAUUAUUACUAUUAUUAUUAUUAUUAUUAAUGUCUAUUAUUUUUAUUUUUUUAAUCAGACGAAGUCCCGCAUAAACAGUAUACUCGCGGGCGCGGUGCCCGGCGUGUGAGUUUAAGGAGAGAGAGAGAGAGAGAGAGAGAACAGUGUGAAAGAACAUAUGUUGUUGUAAAAAAUAAUAUGAUAACGUAUGAAAGGGAACGGAAUUUAAACGAGAAGUGAACACGAUGAGAUAUGCGUUCGAAUGCGAGAACGAGAGCGAGAGAGAGAGAGAGAGAGGUAUCCAAAUGAGUAAAAAUAGCAACAAACAAAAGUCAGGUGAUACGUAGUACCAUCUCUGCGAAUCCUGUGUACAAAGUCAUGUAGAAAAAAAAAGAUAAAAACAACACAACGGCGUGACGUGCGGCCUCUUAACCAAACGGACACAACCCAACUAUAACGUAUAAUAUAGCGAUGUAAACGCGAAUGACAAACCAAGCAUAAGACUGAACCUGCCGGGAAAGGUAUAAUCACAGAGUUGGGGGAUCCGCACGUCUGGCCAACGCGUCCGACCUUCAUAUUCAUAAAACAAGGACCGAAAUCCGGGCUAAACGGAAAGCAUCAUUCGCAAAUCGCGUCCGAACGAAAUUGUUCACAUCGAUUUUACCUGUUGUCGAUAAUGCUUGUUACUCGUCUUAACUGUUUUCCUUUUCUUACGUCGGUAGCUUUCCGUUUUGGUCUAUUCGCCCCUAACGAAAUGAUCUGCGCGAGCGCCGAUUUAUGAAUAUGCGAGUCGUUAAGAGGAAGAAAAAAAAAAGAAAGAAAUAAUAAUGAAAACUAGAGGAGUAAAAAAACAAUAACAAAGGGAUGGUGCAUCAGCUAGUGUUUAGAUCGGAUAAGCGCCUCGUUGCGAAAAAAAAGCGAGAGAGAGCGAGAGAGGGAGAGAAAGCGCGAGCGAAAGAGCGAGAGCGAGCGAGAAAGAGAGAGAGAGAGAGAGAGAAAGAAUAACAAAAGCUCACUCGAAGGUGGUUCUCGUAGCCGAUAAAUACUAACCUAUAAGACAGCCUGCCAAGAAUCAAAAUAUUGUAAAAUAUCAAACGAACGCUAGCCAGUACAGAAUGCUAAGAUCUAUUUUUUAAGAAGCGAAUGUAUAUUUUUGUACUAAGGCAGGCCUUAGUGUGAAUCGUGUAUUCUCUUGCGUGUAAUAGCAAGAUGAGAGCUGUGAUCAUAAUAUCAUUUCGGCUUAACGAGAGAGAACAUAUAAAGGGGAGGAAAACCGAGGAGGGGGAAGAAAGAGAAGCACGGGAAGGAAAUAGCGAAAGCAACGCGACGAUUGCGCGUUCACGGGUAAACAUAAAGGAGAGAUAAUGAGACAAAUGUUUCCCUGUUUAGUAUGUUGUUACCGAGUGGGCUAUAGAUAAAAAAAUAAACGGGUGGCGAUAAAUCGAGAACAAAACAUCUGUGAUAAAACAUAAAAUCUUAGAAAGGGUGCUCGAGAGAGAGAGAGAAGAAGAAGAAACAAGCGUGCGUUAAACGAUACAAUAAGAAAACAUUAAAAAAAGAAGCAAAACACAAGACGCGGUGGGGAGUGGGGGGAGAGAGGAAGGGAGUAAUAUAGGUCGAAAGACAAAAACCCUGCGUGUAUUAGGAAAAACAAUACGCGAGACAUGCAAUUCCUACAAAAAGAAAAAAAAAAAAACAAAGAAAUAAUAAAAUGUUUAGAAGUGCUUUUAGAAGAUCUGUUGUAACGAAAAAGAAAAAAAAAAAAAAAACAAUGUUCGUCGUGUGUAUAACUAAUUAACAGAUGGAGACUGUCUUUCGACGAGAUAGCCCGGUCUAACUAUUGAAGUGGUCAACGUCCUGUCUUAUCCUUGUCUAACAAUAAGAAACGAACACGCUCGGGUCACAGUCAUGUGGGUCCUCGAUGAAUGCCCACGCUGUUCCAUCUGAAUAACAAAACAUUUGAACGAAUCGCUCCUUGCGAUUGAUGAUAUAUUUGCUGUUCUUCGAGUAAGGAGGGAAAGCUAUACUUGUUCAGCUAUAUAGAACGUUACUUAACCCGGGAUUACCCACGUGGGGAUGUACAUGCACUAGACCCCAAGAUGGGUAAUCCCGGGUUAAAACAAACCUGACAUUCCACGCUACACGGUAUCGCAACUUUAUUGUAUACAUACACAUGUAUAUAUAUAUAAGUACGUAUAGUUAAUUUAGUAUUAUACGACUAAUUUCGAGCUAAAGAACUAAACGAUCUAUCAACGUACACACGUGUACGCGUUCCGGUCGAUGUUACGUAAAGAUCGCGAAACCACACCAGAGAACCAGAGAAACCCGCCUUCGUCGUGCCGACGUGAUAAACUCGGGGAUAAAGUCAGGACGUUGUACGCCACGAGUAGUAGUAUUAUAAGUUCCUAAAGAAAUGAAAUGAAAGAAGAAUAUUUUGACACCGUUUAAGUGUGUACGAAUUGUAGAACUGCAUUUGAUAGAGCAAACCAACCAAACUUACACGAACAAGAGAGUACAUUCGGUUCGAUGUAGUUCGUUCGUUGAUUAUCGUUAUGUUUUUUUUUUUUUUUUUUUUUUUUUAUUAUACGGAAACUGCUUUUCAGCAGCAACAACGCCACCGAUUCUUUUCUCACGUUUCGUUUUUGCAUAUUACGUGCGCGCGUGUGCGUGUACAUGCAUCCACGUGUACAUGUACACGUACGUGUAUACGCAUAUUAUAUAAUUUACAAAUACGUAUGUACAAACCAUUCCAAUCGAACGAGCGGGCGUUACGAAACGUGGCAGUAAAACAUGCAGAAAUUGGAAAGGAUGGUUUCGCGUUGAACGGACAGAAAAAAAAAACUCUCACAGGAAAAACAAGAAAAUGUAUGCUAUAUUCAGUUCAAACGUCGAUGCAUAUAUGUGUAGACAAUGACAUAUAUAUGCGGAUGAAUGACGAACAACAUAUAUGUAGACCAGUGAACUCAAUCGAUAACGCAAGAAACGCGGAUUAAUGAUUUCGUGUAAUGUUAAUAUAUAUAUAUAUAGUCUCGAUUAUUUUAUUACUGCCGUCUCUUUUUCUUUAAAAAAAAAAAAAAAAAGUGAGAACGUCUUCGAGGUUCGUUCGAGAAACCACACUGUCCAAACAACCGAUGUUUGACGAGAAAGAGGAAAGAAACAAUAUUCCGUAAACUUUGCGCCAAUUCCUCAAUCGAUACGUAAAAAGAUGAAGGAAAAAAAAAAAAAAAAAAUACAAGAACUAGAACGUUUACCGAAACGCAGCGUUAGAUUAUAUAAGUUAUUAAGGGCUGAGGUAGCAAACGCGAGCAAGCUAUUUUUUAUCACGUUGAAUCACGAGGUAAGACGAAGAAAAAAAAAAAAAAGAAAAAAAAGAAACGAACUCCGCCGAAAAAGAAGUAUCUUCCAUGCGAAUGAAAGGAGAGAGAGAAAGAGAGAGAGAGAGAGAGAGAGAAACAUUUGCGAAGUGAGAAAGUACGAAGAAAUUUAAGAAAAAAAAAAAAAAAAAAACGUGACCGGGCCCAAAAUAAAUGUCGUCGUGUUAUAUUCGUUCAUCGGUUAAUUAAAGUCCUAGCUCUAGGGAGUGGAAAAGUGAGUACGCGUGCAAAAGGAAUGAAAGAAAGGGAAAAAACGAAGGAGAAAAGUGUGUCAAGGAGUUUUAAUCACGGUCAUCGGUGUUUGUUAAAUAAAUCGGGAUCAGAGAACUUGAGGUAACGUUCAAGCGAACAACGAUCAUCAUCCUGUUGCGAUGGAUUCUUCGGACUCGAUUCAGUUUCCCCGCGUUUCUCGGAUGUGUCGGUUUUUCUCAACGAUGAUUGCCGAGGACCAAAAAUCGUCGCAGCGAUCGUGCACGAGUUGCAAUCAAUCCGGUGAUCGUUACGCGUAUUGAAAAUACUCGAGGAUGCAUACGGGUUCGUCGGUGGGAUAACGUUAUCUUGACGCGUUCGAAACACGUUAUUAACCGUUCGUAACCGUUCGUAGAAUUCUUUCGGUGAACUUGUUGGUGGAGGAUUAUCGCUUCGCAUCGUAUUAACCGUCGUUACUCAGUAACGAUCCUCCGAUACAUAGUAACUCCUUUGGAAUCAACCGUGCGCCGAUAUUUCUUUCCCGAGAAAGAAAACGGAGACGCUCGAGAUCGUUUCCAAAACGCGUAUACAAUAUAUAUUUUUCAACGCGAAAUAGUUGCUCCGCGCGUCAGCGUUUCAUAUCCAAUGAAAUGAAACAAUGUAUACCUUUAAGCAGUACGUCGCGAGAUACCGAGUUUAGUUGAAAUAUUUCUGUUCGGGGCAACUCCGAUCGAUUCCCCUUGUGCUGCAAUAUGCGCGAUCGACGUGAAGACGUUCGGCAUUUCCGAUUACGUUCAGGGAAAUACUUAAUCUAUUAAGGACAAAGACGCGUUGGCGUACAGUGUUUCGGUAUUUGUAAUGUUCCUUUCUUCGAAGAAAGAACUUGUUGCACGAUGUGGUUCUCUUUAUCGGUAGCUGUUUCUUCUUUUUGUAAUCAUCUGGAUCCUGUAAUUUUAUUUCAACGAAACUGAGGCAUCUCGUGUUGUCGUGUCGUGUGAUCAACUGUUCUUUCCAGGUUGUAGAAACUUCUCAUCUUUCCAAAUCCGUAGAUUUGGAAAUUUCCUUCGCAAUGUAAUUUAUUUAAUUUAUAUAACGGCGAUCGGUCCUUAAUGGAUUAAUGGUCCGCAGGGAGAUGUUCGUUGGCGUGUUUCGGGUGUAAGUCCGCGUUCAAUUCUUCCUUGUUAAAAGGCACGUUUAACGAUGCUGUACAUACUGUUCGAUUCCAUUGCGGUUAAUAAUUUAAUCGGCGUCGCUGUGGUUUUUUCCAACAGUAUAAGUGCAAAAGCGUGUGUCACGCGUCCGCCAUGUGUCCGCCAGUUCUGAAGCGUGAAAUCGGACGUUUAACACUUCUGGUUUCGGACAAAGGGGAAAAGAGAGAGAGAGAGAGAGAGGAAAAAAAGAAAUCCCCGACGAUUACCAAUGAAUUUCGACGGAUAAAAUCGUGGCCUCUUAUCACACGUUAUAUACACACACACACACACUUUUUAGUCGUCGUAGGCACAACGUGUUUUCGCAACCCGUUAGCGCACUUGGAAGUUUCUCACGUAGAACUCGAUACGCUAAUUAUGUAAAAGAAGAAUACGUGUAUACUUUGUAAAUGUUCUCUCGUAAAUAUGUUCGACGACGAAAA